AUGACACAGGGCUAUUCGGACCUACCCUAUGGUGAUGGUCUGUAUAAGAUCUUUGGCAUGGAAAACUUUGGCAAUUCUUGUUAUUGUAAUUCCAUCCUUCAGUGCCUAUACCAUACCCAAAGUUUCCGUGAACGGCUUUUGAGGUACAAGCUCGAAUACCACGAACGCUCCUUAUCGGUUCCUGGCCAAAACGUUCAUAACUUCUCGUUCAAAUACGACCAAUUGUACCAGAAACGUCUCAAAGAACAGGGGAAGCCUCCAGACUCCAGUAACAGCAGUGUGGGGAAUGGGCUGGCACCUCCAAUCACAUCAAGACCAUCGAUUCGAAACUCCAUUUUUGGAAAGUUCAGUUCAAAUAACACACCAUCAGUGGCUUCCGAGGAGCAGAGUUCCAGUCAGCCUAGAAAACUAGAUUAUGUAUACGAAGCUGGUUCGUGUGACGCCCUCAACACCGAACAGCGAAUGAUGAUCAAGAAACACCCGGAGCUCAAUGGUCUCCAAAUAUUCGUGACGCGGCCUCUGCCCUCGACAUUGGCGAAUACGAAUGAUACUCGAAACGACAACUCUACUUCCUCAACAGCGUUGCUUGAUAGCGGGAACAGCACGAACAAUAAUGUCAACACCGCUGAAUUGGCUGCUCCAAUCACUUCUAGACUGGCAUUUGUCGUUGUGGGUAUUCCCUAUCCUGAGCUUGCCCUUUCAAACCCAAUCAAUCCGUUCAACCCAAACCCGGCAAGCGAUCAGCGUAAGCGGUCUGCCUUGAUCAACGGGCCGAUAGUGAAUCUAGAUCACCCACUUAGAGAAGAUGGAAGAACGUCGGAGACGUGCUUGUUGUACGCCUUGAAGGACAUUUUCGAGGCCAUGACUGAGAAUAAGUCCCAAAUUGGUGUCGUUUCCCCAAACCAUUUCAUCGAUAAACUCAAGGCGAAGAAUGCUUUAUUUCGUCAGGUGAACAUGCAUCAAGACGCUCAUGAGUUUUGCAAUUAUCUCAUCAACGAGACUAUUGAAAGUAUCAACUUGGAGGUGGGUGCGUCGAAGAACUGGUGCACUGAUAUUUUCCAAGGAAUCAUCACAAAUGAGACAAAGUGUCUUUCGUGUGAAACAGUCACAUCAAAGGACGAAACAUUCCUUGACCUUUCCAUCGAUAUCCCACCGGGCGAGUCGGCUUACUCGCUUACAUACUCCCUCAAUAACUUCUCCAAGCUGGAGAUCUUGAGCCACCAGAACAAAUUUUACUGCAACACUUGCCUGUCACUUCAAGAAGCUGUCAAGACAAUCAAACUCAAAAGCACGCCGGACGUGUUGAUUAUCAACUUCAAAAGGUUUAAGUACGACGACAAGCUCGAUCGUAUGGUGAAGUUGUUUGACUCCAUUUCAUACCCCCUUCGUUUGAGACUCUUCAACACUACAAAAGAUCAGGAGCUAGAUGAAUCCAAUCCUAGUCGUGACUUCAAGCUUUAUGGCCUUUAUGCGUUGGUGGUCCACAUUGGUGGAGGGCCCAUGCACGGUCACUACGUUGCCUUGUGCAAAUGCAGAGCUGGACUUUGGUUUUUGUUCGACGACGAGACGAUAGAAAUUGUGGAUGAGUCGUAUGUGCUUCGCUUUUUCGGUGAUGGACCUGGUUUGGCGAGCGCCUACAUCUUGUUCUACGAGAAAUUAGACACCACUAUUGGAGAGGAUGGCGAUGUGCAUGACUUUGGCAUUGAUCUCAAUGGCAUCUACAAUGGUAGCGACUACUCGAUGGCCUAUAUGAAACCCACAAAUGAGUCUGCAGCGAGCGUCAACGGCCAAAAAGCCGAUGAUUCUUUGGUUGAGGUCGAAAAUGAUGACGAUAGUGUGAGAGAUUUCGUUCCCGAAUCACUGGUUUCUCUCGAGAACAGCUCGAUUGGCCUUGGGCGCAAAGCUUCCAUCUUCAAGAAGACCUUCAUGUUCGAAAGUAAAGACAACAAAGAGAACAAGGACAUCAACGGAAUUUCAGACGGUGGCUCGAAGGCAGUUUCGAGAGCUCCUUCGGACAAAGACGGCGCCGAGAAUGUGGGUCCGACAGUUAAUACCCCAGGCUACACAGAGCCCAAGCCGCCCCCACCUGUGGUAAAAAAAUCGUGGGUCAAUGGCCUCAAGCGCCGUGAACUGCGGGUGGAAUUGCAAGAGAAUGAGCGGAAAGGGUCUACCGGCAGCAUUUUGACCAAUGGCAGCAACAAAACUUCUGACGGCAAAGAAGAUAAAAAGAAAAGGUCGUUUUUUGGGUUCAAGAGAAAAUCAAAAAGUUAA